GUCCCGCCAAGGUAUUCUUUUUCCUUUCGGUUGUUCAUAACAUGGCGCAAGACUUGGCACCUUGUUGUGCGCAACUCAGUGCCAUCAUUGGCCUCGACGUCGCUUUGCCGAACAGUUCACUGUACGCUGCGACUGAAACCGCGUACUGGUCUAUCCAAGAGGGUUCACUUGCUCCUUCUUGCAUUGCGAAGCCUAGUUCGUCCGAACAUGUUGCCAGCAUCAUUGCGUCGAUCGCAAAUCAACACGACUGCCCGUUUGCCAUCAAGUCGCAAGGCCAUGCUCCUGCAGCCGGUUUCGCGAACAUCAACAAUGGCAUCACUAUUGACCUGACAGCGCUCAAUGCUAUCACCACGAACAAAGAUGCUUCAGUCGCUCACAUUGGCACUGGCGCAAGCUGGCUCGACGUCUACGCGCACCUCGACACGCUCAACAAGACGGUCGCAGGAGGCAGGAACGGCGGUGUAGGCGUAGGCGGCCUGACGCUCGGAGGCGGAAUCAGUUACUUCUCACCGCAAGCAGGCUUCACCUGCGAUACAGCCAUCAACUUCGAGAUCGUCUUUGCAGCGUUCGCGAAGAUUGCGGCGGCAAAGCCGUACGAUGUACACGCGUCCAUCACGACUUCCGCUAUUUUCAACGCGGUGACCAAGGCAUGGACGCUUCUCUCAGCCCCGAUCUACACGAAGCCGCAGACCGAUCCGGAGGUGUACUCCGAGCUGUUUGCUAUCCCCAGUAUAUCCAAUACAGUACAGAUCACGCAGCUGCAUACUCUGGCCAACGAGACUGCGAUGGCGCAAACCAAUCAGCUGUUCUCGACGGGGACGUAUGGUGUCUCGGCAGAGCUUCUUGACAGUAUUUUCGACAUUUGUAAUGAGACGUUGUACGACUUCAACGUCACUGGCUCCCUCCAGUGGAUCGUAACGUUCGAGCCGUUCCCCGCCGUCUUUGCUGCUCAGGGUGCGCACGAUAACAUCCUUGGAACGAUACCCGAAGUCGGCGAUGGGAUGAUACUUCUAUUCUCCGCUUCGUGGUCAGACGCUGCUGCGAGUUCCCUCGUACAUGCCAAGAAUAAAGAGGUGCUGCGCAAGAUCAACGCGGCAGCAAAGCAUAUGGGGCUGUUGCGAAGUUUCGUGUAUGCUAAUUACGCGGGAACUUUUCAGAAGCCGAUUUCAAGCUAUGGUACACAGAACAGUGCGUUCUUGUGCCGUGUCGCGCUGAAGUAUGAUCCGCUUGCGGUGUUCCAGAGGCAGCUACCUGGAGGGUUUAAGUUAGCCGAUUGAUGCAUGUGUCGCUGGUGACUCUCUACAACCACAGUGGCUGACAAUAAAAACUGGACUUAUUAUAGUUAUCAGAUUGCGG